UUUCUCUCAACCUCUUCCUCAACAACAAAGUAUAUACAAAUCACAACUCUUCCUUUCGCUUCUCCUUAACUUUACUUUCGUUCAUAAAUUCUGCAAUAACCCACAACAACAAUGGAUAUCAACACUCCACGCCUCCUUCCAAUCAUUUCAACUUUGGUUCUCAUUCUAGUUUCGGUUUCUUCAUUCGCCUCAGCGUCUCUCAAAGUGGGUUUCUACGCCUCCACCUGUCCAUCCGCGGAGGAAAUAGUGAGAAGUGCUGUAAACAAAGCCAUUUCUCAAAACGCAGGCAUAGCCGCUGGUCUCAUAAGGAUGCAUUUCCACGACUGCUUUGUCAGGGGCUGCGACGCUUCCGUGUUGCUAGCAUCUACGCCGGGUAACCCAGCAGAAAGAGACCAUUUUGCCAACAACCCAAGCUUGCGUGGCUUCGAGGUCAUUGAGGACGCCAAGGCUCAGUUGGAGGCUGCAUGUCCUCAAACGGUAUCGUGUGCAGACAUAUUGGCCUUGGCAGCAAGAGACAGUGCUCUCAAAGUGGGUGGCAUAAACUACGACGUUCCGACAGGACGCAGAGACGGUCGUGUCUCUAUCGCCGAUGAAGCGGCACAGAAUCUGCCUGCACCAACACUGAGUGCCGAUGAGCUUGUGAGUAGGUUUUCACGAAAGGGUUUGUCUGGAGAUGAAAUGGUGACACUUUCAGGAGCCCAUUCCAUUGGUGUGUCGCACUGUUCUGCCUUCUCCAAGCGUUUGUACUCUUUCAAUGACACCUUCACGCAAGACCCAUCAAUGGACUCUUCCUACGCUGAAACCCUGAAAGCAAACUGUCCUGCGCCACCUUCCAUCUCAGACCCCACAGUGUCUCUUGAUCCUUCCACUCCCAUUCGUUUGGACACCAAAUACUACGACGGACUCAUCAACCACCGUGGCCUGCUCACGUCGGAUCAGACGCUUUUCAACUCGCAGUCCACCAGGGAAAUGGUUCUCACCAAUGCCAACGAUGCUGCUGGUUGGUCUCACAAGUUUGGCAAGGCAAUGGUGCAAAUGGGUUCCAUAGAGGUCCUCACCGACUCCAACGGUGAGAUCAGGAACCAUUGCACCUUUGUCAAUUAAUUCACCAGUCCACAAAUCACAAGUGCAUCUGGAAAACCAGCUCAAUCACUUUAAUUCUUUCUUGUUUAAUUCUUUUUAUACAUUUUUUUUUCUAGAAAUGUUAAUUACUCGAAUAGUACUCACUUUGAGUGACUUUGAGUGAUGUGUGUCAAAUUGGUAUCUGUACUCUCCUCGCCUCAGGUUGGAGUCCGACCUAGUUUCCCAAGUUUCCAUAAUUGACUAUUCUAAGUCGGACAAGUAGGUCAGCUCGGCAGGUCGGAUAGGUCGGAUAGAUCGGUGAUGGGCUAAGUAAUAUGGCCCAAAGAAAUAAUUCGGUUUUCAUACACGUGCCUUUUAGACCCGGAAAGAAAUAUCCCUAUAUCUUAGGAAAAAAUUAACAAAGUAGAAUGUUAACAAAGUAGUGGCUUAGUUGGUUAAAGUUUGAUAGGCAGAAAAAUCGGAUGGGCAGUUUUAACAACUGAUCAUAUUAUAUAUAGAGAGAGGCGGAAUCAAGAAAAGGUAGGUUAAUGGGAGACGAGUGAGGGAAAAGAAAUUCGAUACAGUAGAGUUAAUUCACGUAGUUCUGGUCGGUCCUAUAUUCCGGACUGGAACAGUAUCCCUCUUUUAAAAAGUGUCAAUUUGGUCCCCAAAUUAGUUUAAGUGCAUCAAUCAAAUCCAUUCCGUUAGAUUAUCAGAAACGACAUUAAGAUUAUAGUGGUGUGACAAUGAAGAAUGGAUACGU